AGGAGGCGUGCCGGCGCGGUCUGGCGGGUCGGACAAGAUGGCGGUCGCCGGCGGGGGCGUGGGGGGCCCUGUGGAGGUGGCGCUGGUGGCGGCGGCGGGCGAGACCUCUUUGGGACCCGGUAGCGGCGGCUCCUCUUCGAAUUCGUCUGGCAGCGGCUGCUGCUCUGUGUGGGAAGUGGGCUCCGGGACAUCGGUGGCCGGCUACCGCGGGGGCUGCUGCGCCCCUCGUGGGCUGACGCUGCUAGGCGGGGAGCACCUCCUCGGGGCGCAGCUCGGCAAGGCCUGUGUGGGAGCCUGGGAGCUCCAGAGGAAGGAUCAACUCCAGCAGAAGAUAAUAUGCCCGGGUCCAGUGACUUGCCUGACAGCUGCUCCCAAUGGUCUCUACAUCUUGGCAGGAAUUGCUGAGAGCAUCUACCUCUGGGAGGUAUCUAGUGGGAAUCUACUUGCUAUCCUGAAUCGACAUUAUCAGGACUUAACGUGCUUGGCCUUCACAGACGACAACAGCCACUUUCUCUCUGGGGCCAAAGACUGUCUUGUAAUAGUGUGGAGUCUUUACAGCGUGCUACAGGUGGAGCAUGCCCAAAGCCCUGAGCCCCGCCACGUGUGGUCACGGCACAGCCUUCCCGUCACAGAUCUCUGCUGUGGUGUUGGUGGUCCCAUGGCCAGAGCUGCCACAGCCUCUUUGGACCAAACAGCCAAGCUGUGGGAGAUCUCUUCUGGGAACCUUCUCCUCUCUGUCGUCUUUGAUGUGAGCAUCAUGUCAGUGACCCUUGACCUCGCUGAAUACCACAUGUUCUGUGGCGGGAUGGAUGGCUCCAUCUUCCAGGUUGACCUCUGCUCCUGGCCUGUGCAAAGAGAAAGAGGCUUUCAGUCCGAGCAGGAGAAUGGGAAGAUCUUCAAAGGACAUAGGAAUCAGGUGACAUGUCUCUCUGUCUCCAGUGAUGGAAGCCUGGUGCUGUCUGGCUCACAUGACGAAACAGUGCGGCUCUGGGAUAUCCAAAGCAAACAGUGUCUCCGCACAGUGAAUUACAAAGGUCCGAUCACAAAUGCUUUCAUAACCCUGGCACCUGCCAACAUGCUGAAUCCGGACAGCAAGCCCCGCGUCCCACUGCCAAAAUUCAGCCGGCAUCUCCAUAGCACAGAGAGUGUGGAAAAUUCUGCCAGUGAGGGGCUGACCCUGUGUCUGGGGCUGCAUCAGAAGGGCUCGGGGGAGAGUUACUUGGAGAAAGCAGAGCGCUUAUACUUGCAGAUGUGCUCAACGAGAGAAAAGAACUUGAUGGGGGACCAAGAGCAACUGAAAAUCCAGGUGACGGAACUGGAAGAGGAAGUCCGCACCCUGCGGAAGAUCAACAAGAGCCUCUUCGACUUCUCCAGCAGCAUCAUCACCACAGCCAAAUAGAACUGCUUCCAAAGCCUGGCUAGAAGCAGAGGAAGAGACAAGCCGGCCAGGACUCACCUUGGACAUGCAGAGCCAUUUCCUUCAUGACAGUGUGCAAAAGGAACGUCUGCAGUUGCAGAGAUGCCCACUCAUAAACAUCUCUGACUGCAGGGCCAGACACGGAAGUCUCCAGUUUGUACGGUUGGGUUGGGAGGAGCCCUGCAAAAAACAACAGCAACACAGCUUUACAGGUGACAGCGGACAGUAUGGAAGGAGAAUAAUCUGGCAGGGAAAAGAGGUGGCCCUUUUUCUUGUACAGAGCAGCUUCCUUCCGCCCUACAAAGUCCUUUCAUUCCUCAAACAGAGCAACCGUAGAUACUCCUCACGACACCAUCAUCCCCUUUCUUCCGGUUGGAAACCAAGGUGCUGCUUCAGAACUCCUUCUGUACUUGGGGACUUCUGGGGACUGAAGACAACUCUGGGCUUUAACGAAGCCACCCGCAUCCCGUGCAUUGUACUUGGCCAGGGAGGGGGACAGCAAACUGGCGUGAAGAACCACCUGUGCAGCUGGGCUGAGCAAAGAGGCCUCCUGUCCUUGAGACCCCGCCGAAGACAAGGGGGAGACGGGGAGGAUCGUAUUUCCUCCUGCUUUCCUCAUUUGAAAAGGGUGGGAAAACACUCCCUGCAGUGGUAAGCUG